AAGUUGAUGCGAUUUAUUUGUUGUUUGUUGCCAAACGAAUGCGGUGAACUACCAGCGUUGAGUGCUGUGCUGUGCCGAGCGCUAUGCGGAGCUGAGUUGAACUCUGUGAGCCGCAAAUGUAGCCGUGAAAUCUGGUGAAUGUCGUGUGUCUUCAACAGCCACUGACGGCACUACUAACCGAUUUAAAAGUUCACCGCUCAAGUGUCUGUGCGUGCGUGUGUAUGUGUGCUGGUCGCUGCUGGCGCCGUCGAGAUUUGAAAUUCUAUGACCGAUUGUGGAAGCAAAGCGUUUUGUGAAAAGUGGAGUUAUAGCAAAAAAGUAGCAAACUUCAGUGAGUCGAAAAGAGCUUUGCGAGCUGGUGAUUUAAAGAAAGAAUAUUAAAUAAGUAAUAUCACCAAAUAGUAAAGAAAAUAUGCUUUAAGUCUAAAUCACAAAAUAAUACUAAAAGCACAAAUAGCUGCAAAUCACUUCUGCGCCCAAAAGCAUGCAAAUUUGGUGUUCGUGAUGCAACAUAUAAAAUCAAAGUUGUGUGGUGUGGCAAAAGAAAUAUAUUUAAUAUAUAUUUAUAUGAUAUAUGCAGCAAUUCAGUAAAUGACAAAAAAAUCGAAUAAAAUGGCUCGAAUGCAACAACAUGUGACAACGCCUAAAAACAUGCAACGAAAAAGAAGAGUUACAAAAAUCUGACCUUGCGUCAGUUGCUAUGCAAUUUACCAAAUAAAAAUGCAUGUGCGUGUGUGAAAAUAUAAGUUUUAGGAAACAAUUGUAGUAAAUAAUAAUAAAAAUAUUUUUUCAAUAAACAAUAAUGCUAAAUGACAGUAAAGUUUUUCAAUUGCUUAGUGCUUAGUAUUGGCUUAGUUUAUAGCGUGUUGGCGCGACACCUAGACAUUUUCGAAAUUCCGACAUUGUUGCUUGAUUGCUAAGGAUUAAAUCUAUAAUAUAUACAGUUAAUAAAACUGUACACAAAUUAAAAAAAAAUUUCAAAUUAUAAAUUAUAAAUAAUAGUGCGCACUUAGCUUUUAAUAAAUUGCGCAACUGCUGUGAUAACAAGUGGCUUAUAUGAAUACAAAUAUUAAAUUUCAAAGCAAUUUCGGUUAAAUCAAAAGAAAAAUUUACGGAAAGUAAAAGCAGCUUCAUAAUAAAAAUUAAAUACGCACAAAUGUUACAGAAAUUUUAUUCACUGCUACAACAAAAUAAGCUUAAUGCAUAUACGCCCAUAAAUAUGCUAUAAAAAUAUGAUAAAAAUAUAUAUUUUAAUAACUGUGUGCUGAAAAAAAUAGUAGCACCAAGAAAAAAUAUCAGUGAAUAAGCACGCUGAACGUUAACUGCCAGUAAACAUUCCAUUAUACUAAAACAACGAAUACUUUAAACUAGAAAGCUUCAUGACAACUAAAAUAACAAAGUAUUUACAAGGAAACUAGGAUUUAUGUGAUGCUAGUGUAUGCUAAGUAUACAAAACGCUUUUUGGGAAACUCACCACACUGUGGUGAAAAAGUUUUUUACGCGCAAAAGCAAAAAAAUGAACUUGCUUUGUGUUUUAAACAUAAUGUUUUACAUUUAGACUUCGCUCAUAAGUUCAAUGCUCUUCAAAAAAUGCUGAACAAGUUUAAUUGCGCUUUAAUUAUUGCAAUAGUAAAUAUGGAAUGACAAUUAUCAAUUCCGUGACAUGAAAAAUAAGCUUUUACAAAUUUUACAUAGUGGUAAAGUCAUAAUUUAGAGAUCUCGCUGCAAAAAUGGAUGUUCGUUUUUUUAGAAACUCCGUUUUCAAUAUUUAUAUCAUGUGGAGGAGCACAAAUUGCAUAUUUUGCACUCAAGAGCAACGCACAUAGAGCAUUUUUAAAAUUUCACCACAAACGUGGGAUUAAAUAUCUAUUUUAUAACAAGUUUGCAAACACCAGAAAUGCUAUAUUAAAUACGCAUAAAGUAUAACACUGAACAUUUUUAAAACUCACCACGAUGUUUUGAAAUAUAAAUAUGUAUAUACAGAAGUCAGCAAAUAAUAGAGGUCAAGUUACUUUUCCCGAAAAUUAUACAAAAAGUUAGUAGAAAAGUUAGUUAAACUAAUUACCAUUUUGUGGUGAUUUUGAAAUGAAUUUGUGAAUUCUGAUAUCAAACUUGAAAACGCAUAAAGAAAUAAGCGACGCAAUUAACACAUUUCAAUUUAAUGGCUAAAUAUAAUAAGCAAACUUCGAAACGGUUUCAAAAACACUUUCGAAAGCAAUCAGCAAAAAGACAUUACUAAAAAAGAUAACCACUUAUACUACUCGAAACUUACUACUGAAAAAUUAUUUAAAAAUCAGCACAAUUGCUUGAUAAUAAGUAUAAACGAGCAGAAAUAUCAAAGCGCAACUUUUAACGCACAGCACUACAAAAGCAACAAACAAUUAAAAACUCACCACACCUGUAUUCUAAGAUAAACUUUACGGCAAUACCAUGGGAUCACAUGGUGCCGGUGCAUGCGAUUGCUGCGGCGGAGGUGGCGGUGGUAGCUCAUCCACCGCUAGCAACAACGGCAACAGCGAUGCGCCGCAGCGACAACAACAACAAGCAGAGCAUAGCAACAACAACAGUCCACAACGACAACGGCCUCAGGCCCAACAGCAACAACAAGAACAUCCACAAUUUCCGCCGCACAUGUUCGGUGCCGCUGCCGCGCUACACUUGCGACGCGAGCGCGAGCCGCCACAACUGCCGCCACUGCCCAUUGUACCCAUUAUGCCGCCGCGGCCACCACCUGCCCGGCAGCAAUCGCAACAUCACUUGGGCGUGCCGGCUGUGGCGAUAAUAGCGCCGCGCGGCAGUCGACACCAGCAAACGCAAGACGCGCAGAACAACAACAACAAUGACAUGGUUGUUGGCGCCGGUGGCGGCGGCGCCGCGCAGACGCAACACGCCAGCAUCGCGCACUACAUCAAUCAGGUGAAUAUGCAUAUGAAUCUCAGCAACAAUAACAACACUAAUACCGGCGGCACUGGCGUUGUUGUUGUUGGCGGCACCACCGGUGGCACAACUACGAACACGCUGAGCGUGAGCGUCACCAACGCCAGCGCACAGCACAACUAUAACAACAACAAUCACAUAUAUGUGAAUCCGCACUCGUACGAUAUGCAAACGGCGAGCGGCGCAGCACCGCGCACCCAACAAAACAACAAUAACGCCGCGAACACAACCACCAACAGCACCCAUAAUAACAAUUUGAAUAGGAGCAGCAGCAACAAUAACAUGCACACGAAUACGAACACCAGCAACACGAGCAUCUCGCAACACACCACCGCCACCGGUUCGACGGCAGUCGCCUUGCCACCACAACCACCAACAGCGAACGCGCACACGAAUCACACUCAACCACCGCCGCCGCAGAUCACCACCACCGGCGUCGGACCGCCGAACUUUGAUUGGCACUUCACGAACGGCAGCAGCAGCGCCGGCGCCUUUGGCGGUUUCGAGCUGACGCGCCAAUUCACCUCCUCCACACUGAGCACACUCAAUACAUAUCUAUUUCCGUGCGGCGCCGACUCCGCCGGCACCAUUGGCGGCGUUACGCUCAACAGCGGCAGUGGCUCGUGCGAUUUGGACAGCAACUUCAGUCAAAUGGUCGCCGGCAGCGAAGGCGGCGCCAGCUCCACCUUCAGCUCGGGCCUGGGCUUCAUCAACAAGCGGCGCAUACGCCGUCUGUUCGGUGUCGGCACACCGGAUCAUCGCUGCACUGGCGCGCAUGCCGCGGCUGUGCGGCGACGCAGCUCACCGCUGGUGCAUUUUCAAACGGCCGCUUUGGCUAAGAAGAAGCAACAACAAAUGGAACGCGAAGCAACUGUGGCAUCGGCAAAUGCGGCACUGUUCGAACAGAAGAAGAAGAAAAAGAAGGAGAAGAAGAAACCGCCCGGUCCGCCGCCGCAAGUGCGCGCGCAGGCCUCGCGUCAAAUGGAAGAUCCGAUGAUGAAUCGCCCGCGUCGCCAAAACACGCCGAGCACCAAGAAGGACAAAGAGAAGGAGCAGCUAGAAUUUCAGUUGAAAAUAAUGCAACAGCUGCAGCAACAACAAUUACAAAAGCAACAGCAACAAGAUGUGGAACUGGACAUGGAGUAUAUCUAUGAGAAGUACCCACACAAAAUCAAAUUUUUAAAUAAAUUUAAAAAACCAAAAAAAAUUGCGUUACUUUUUCCAAAGCACUUUUUGCAACGCGCCCACACAUUUUCAGAGCAAGCAUUUGCGCUGCAGCAAAUAAUACAUAUUUAAUCGAAAUAAAGGCAAAUUUUAUCCAGCAGCUUUGUUUCAAUUGAUUUCUAUGGUUUUCUGCAUUUCAGUGCAACGCCGA